GCCGGCAAGCAGAGGACUGGGCUGGCAAGACCUCCCGAAGGCUGCGAUUUCAUUAUUAAUAUCACUAUAUUUUUGGAGGGAGAGGCACCUUUCUCAUCUUCUCUUCCUCUCCGCCCAUCCCUAUUCCCUCCCCCUCAUCUACCUGUCAAAGUCACUGAUCUUUUGCAUUUCGGAAGAGGAAGUCAACGGGAAGGAAUUCCCCCUCUCGGCUAGGGCUCGAGAGGGGGCUACGCGCAGGAGGCUCCCACCACUCCCCGGGGCCGGAGGCGAAGGGUGUUGGUGCCAGAAGAAAAGAAUGAUUGACGGGAAGCAGACACCAAGCUAUAAACACUCAUCCUUUCGCUUCAGAUACUGAUACCUCAGUGCGCCUGAGCAACCCUUAUGAGCCGUGAGCAUCUAGGAUCACCCAGGGUUAUUGGAUGUACAAUAGGAGAGCCAUCAUUUUGCUAAAUCAUUAUCUGCUGCUGGACAUCUUUUACAAAAACCAAACUAGACCCAAGUCUAAUAGAUAUGUUCUAAGACAAUGAAAAAGCUGCAAGUUAUUGCUAAUGCCUAAUGCACAAGUAUGCUAGGUUUCCACCAAAGUCCUCAAUAUACCUGAUCACGUGCAAUAUCCGAAUCCUUCACUUUUAGUUUUGGAAUCUACUUUGAAGUCUCAUCCUCUUUUUUUUUUCUUUUGUUAAAUGUACAAACCUACCUACGUAUAGACAUACAUGUAUAUGUAAAAUAGAGACCACAGAUAAGCAAACCCGGCUUUUGUUACCACGAAGAUUGCCAAGAAUUUAGAGAUGUAUUUGUCAAGAUUCCUGUCAAUUCAUGCCCUUUGGGUUACAGUGUCCUCAGUGAUGCAGCCCUACCCUUUGGUGUGGGGACAUUAUGAUGUGUGUAAGACUCAGAUUUACACAGAAGAAGGGAAAGUUUGGGAUUAUAUGGCCUGUCAGCCGGAAUCCACAGACAUGACAAAAUAUCUGAAAGUGAAACUGGAUCCUCCGGACAUUACCUGUGGAGACCCUCCUGAGACAUUCUGUGCAAUGGGCAACCCCUACAUGUGCAAUAAUGAGUGUGAUGCAAGUACCCCGGAGCUGGCACAUCCACCUGAGCUGAUGUUUGAUUUUGAAGGAAGACAUCCCUCUACAUUUUGGCAGUCUGCUACUUGGAAAGAGUAUCCCAAGCCUCUCCAGGUUAACAUCACUCUGUCUUGGAGCAAAACUAUUGAGCUCACAGACAACAUAGUUAUUACCUUUGAAUCGGGGCGUCCAGACCAAAUGAUCCUGGAGAAAUCUCUUGAUUAUGGACGAACAUGGCAGCCCUAUCAGUAUUAUGCCACAGACUGCUUAGAUGCUUUUCACAUGGAUCCUAAAUCCGUGAAGGAUUUAUCACAGCAUACGGUCUUAGAAAUCAUUUGCACCGAAGAGUACUCCACAGGGUAUAUGACAAAUAGCAAAAUAAUCCACUUUGAAAUCAAAGAUAGGUUCGCGUUUUUUGCUGGACCUUGGCUACGCAAUAUGGCUUCCCUCUACGGACAGCUGGAUACAACCAAGAAACUCAGAGAUUUCUUUACUGUCACAGACCUGAGGAUAAGGCUUUUGAGACCUGCCGUUGGGGAAAUAUUUGUAGAUGAGCUACACUUGGCACGCUACUUUUACGCCAUCUCAGACAUAAAGGUUCACGGAAGGUAUCCCCAGUAUUUCCAGUAUUGGCACGAAUGUCUGCGACAACGAGCUCCUGCACUGCCAGAACGGAGGGACGUGCCACAACAACGUGCGCUGCCUGUGCCCCGCCGCGUACACGGGCAUCCUGUGCGAGAAGCUGCGGUGCGAAGAAGCGGGCAGCUGCGGCUCCGACUCGGGCCAGGGCGCGCCCCCGCGCGGCUGCCCCGCGCUGCUGCUGCCGCUGGCCGCUCUGCUGGGGACAGCCGGCCCCCUGGGGAUCUAGGUGGCGCAUCCAGCCACCAGACGGGUCCGGCCGUGGGGAAGCACACACAGCCCCAGCAUUUGCUACUAACAUAGGAAACCCACCCUCAGACCCACCCCCCACUCAAACACAGUGUACAAACUAAGAAGGCCCAGCUGAACUAAGCCAUAUAUAACAGCCGUGGACAGCACACCAGAGUCAAGACUGGUAAUUUCUGACUCCAGAGGCGUUGGCAGCUGUUGAUAUUAUCCCUGCAAAUCACAUUGCCCGCUGCAGAGCUUAUCGCCGAUUGGAAAGGCUGUGACAGCCCCCCAAAAGGAACGACAAAAAACAACAACAACAAAUCAACCAACCUAAAAACAUUUGCUACUCGCACGUGGUGUGCCCCCCUGCACCACCGGCCCCGUGUGUGAACCAACCAAACUGAAGCAUCCUUUGCUGACAGUGCAUUGUGGGUCUAAGGAAGUGUGUUACAAGCUGCCAUAUUGGCCUGCUUCAGUCCCUGAACCCCUUCCAACCUGUGCUUUGGUGAACGUUGCUCUGUAACCCUUGUUGGUUGAAAGAUUUCUUUGUCUGAUGUUAGUAAUGCACAUGUGUAACAACCCCCUUCAAAAGCUCAAGCCAGUCGUACCCCGUAUAUCUUAGCAGCACUGGGUCUACCCAGUGCGAGCACACAUCCACUGUCCAAGAGUGGCUGUAGGAAAAAAAAGAAAGUGUAUCUAUCCUUUUGUAUUCAAAUGAAGUUAUUUUUCUUGAAAUACUGUAAUAUGUAGAUUUUUUGUAUUCUUGCCAAUUUGUGUUACCAGACAAUCUGUUAAUGUAUCUAAUUCGAAUCAGCAAAGACUGACAUUUUAUUUUGUCCUCUUUCCUUCUGUUUUGUUUCAUUGUGCAGAGAUUUCUCUGUAAGG